CGUAGGAAGAGCACAAGCCUCCACAAGUGCGUGUCCCUUUCUCUUAUAUAAAAUUGUGUAUCCUCCAUACAUAUACAACAAGGAGAGAAACUUUUGAUAUGGGGUUAAAGAUGUCAGAAUCAGCCAAACCCUACUUUGCAAUGAUUUGUCUUCAAUUCGGAUACGCCGGCAUGAACCUCGUGACUAAGGUUGUGCUAGACCGCGGCAUGAGCCAUUACGUCCUUGUUGCUUAUCGUAACGCCUUUGCCACGGCCGCUAUCGCACCUUUUGCUCUACUCUCCGAGAGGAAAGUGAGGCCGAAGAUGACAUUUCCAAUAUUCAUGCAGAUUUUUGCUCUAGCUCUUCUAGGGCCUUUGAUCGAUCAAAACUUAUAUUACGCCGGUCUCAAACUUACAUCACCAACUUUUGCCGGCGCCGUCAUCAAUAUCGUUCCUGCUUUGACCUAUAUCAUUUCCAUAAUUUGCAGGAUGGAGAAGGUGGAGAUGAGAAAAGUAAGAUUCCAAGCAAAAGUGGUGGGGACAUUAGUGAUAGUGGUUGGAGCCAUGUUGAUGAUUUUAUUCAAAAUUCCUCUAAUCAACUUUCUCCGAUCUCACCUCACCGGCGAUUCUUCGCCGGCCGGUGAGGAUUACCUCAAAGCCACCGUCUUCCUCCUCAUCGCCUCAUUCUCUUGGGCUUCCUUUUUCGUUCUUCAGGCGGCUACGUUGAAGAGAUACUCAUCUCACCUUUCAUUAUCGACCAUGGUGUGUUUCAUGGGCACGUUACAGUCCACAGCCUUAACUUUUGUGAUGGAGCCAAACCUUUCUGCAUGGAACAUUGGCUUUGACAUGAACCUUCUCGCCUCUGCUUACGCGGGUAUAAUGUCGUCGAGCAUAGCGUACUACGUUCAAGGAAUGAUGACGAAGCAAAAGAGUGUUGUCUUUGUUACUGCUUUUAACCCUCUUGUUGUUAUAAUCGGAUCCAUCAUUGGCUUCCUCAUCCUCGGCCAAAAUUUAUACCUUGGCGGGGUUCUUGGAAUGGCGAUAUUACUGGUGGGAGUUUGUGCAGUUCUAUGGGGAAAGGAAGGAGAUCAUGAAGAAGAGAACAUUGAGGAGAAGUUUCUAGAAAUUGUCAAGUGUUGCAACCGCUGCGAUAUCAAGGUUCUCUCGAUGAUGCCACGAAUCGAUGAGGAAGUAGACGUUGAAAUGCAAUCGGCAGGGACAGCUAAAGUGGCGGUGGGUUUCUCGUAACCUCGUGUGUGGAAAAAGAUGUUCACGAGCAUAAUUAGAUCCUUUGAAGUCUUUUUCUUUUUUUUUUAAUUUUGGAUAGAGGAGCAACUUUUUCUUUGUUGUAUAUCAUUGCUCCAUUUUUUUUCUUUUUUUAGGUUUUGUUUUAUAAUCUUCAUUAGAAGGGUAAUUAUUAUUAUUGAAUAAAUGUUCCAAAUCCCU